AACUCAGUCGCAUGUUCGUAUACCAUUUAUAACAUGCUACGCAUCAUUCAAUGGUUUACUCUCGUACGGUUCGUUCAAAUAAGAUGAUGCUUUGUCUUACGUCAUAGCGCUGCAUUAAUGUUGAGUUUACUUGGGACGUUUUAAGUGAAACAUUUUUUUUUAAUUUUUGUCUUUCGAAUCAAUAUUCAAAUCAAAUGGAACGAAUUUAUUGAAAAGUUUGAAAAGUGUCGUGUUCAUCGAUAGAAGUGGGAUUUAAGAAUUUUCAGAAUGUUCAAAUUGGAUCGGAGCAGCAGUUAUUCGGAGUUAAGGAAAUUUCUUGAAGACAUCUACAUUUACCUGACCAAUCAGACCAUCGAACAAAACGAGUCAUCAACUGCGAUAGCGACAGAAUUGAUUAACCGGUGCAAGGACAUACUGAAUAUCUACGAAACAGAACAUGAUACUAAGUUGGAGCAGGCAUACUUGGAAAUGAACGGAAACAACAAGAUUGAUCCACCAUGUGAAUAUGUUGAUGUGACAUCGCCCGUAAAAGCGUCUCAAGACGAAUUGUAUUCGAACGAUGUGCUGGAAAUUGAGUGCAACGAACAGGCAGUUACUGGACCGAAAGUCACCGAUUUCGAAACAAAUGCUGAGUGUCCGUUUAGUGGGCUUCCGGCUGCUCAUUUGCUGAUUAAAAAGUCCCCGAAAGUCGGCUAUUUGCUGCGAAUCAAAGACAAGACCUACAUAUUCAAUCAGUCGCGGAUAAAAUUUUAUUCCGGCCUCUUAGACGGCUGGCUUCUGAUGUACAGUACCAGUUGUGAUUUGAAACCGACGAUUUGUUUGAAUUUGCAAAACUAUGACCUGUGCAACAGCGAUCUGUUCCGCAAACGCGAACAAUUCCAAUUAAUUUCGAACGAAUACAAAACCGACAACAGUCGAUCGCCGAAGAAAUACUUACUGCAAGCAGCAUCGGCAAGCGAUUACGAGGAAUGGCUUCAGGCAAUAACUGAAGCAGCAAAGUCGUCUCUGAUUAGACGAAGAUUGAACUCAGUCGCAAGAAAGUUACCAUCACCACCAGCAUCCGUCGAAACUGACCCGAUUCCGCGACUAUCCGACCGAAGUGAAGGGAUAUACGAAGAACCAUCGGAAAUGCUUAGCACGCAAUUCUAUCAAAGUUUCCAGUUUGAUAACUGGACACAGUUGCCGGCAGCACCAGCGCUGCCAGUCAAAAGUGGUACGAAAUGUAAAAUCGAAUGCAGUACUGGAUCGGUGGCGUAUGAUAUACCGAAGAGUCCACCAAAGCCAACUGUUCCAGAUUUGGAUCAUCAAAAUAAGAUACAGCAAGUGAAGACUCAAUUGACGAUGCAAAUGCUGAGUCCGAAACCGGCAACAAAGCCAUCAAGCAUGGACGACGAAAAGUGUAAGGAAAAGCCGAAGAAAAAAUCGAAAGUGGAUGCCAGCGAAAUGCCAAAAUUUUCGAAACGAAACUGGUUUCUCAACCGGUUGAGUGGAAGGAAUAUGGGAAGCAGCGGAAAAUUGAAGAUGGAAACGGAUAACGGUGCCUUAAGUGACAUUCCAAUGUCAUGUGAUUCUUCUGCGGAAAAUCGUCUCGACGGAAAGCGAGGUGGUAAGGUCAAUAUGAUUAUCAAUCAAUUGGAAGCGAACGGCCAUUUUCAAUUGAAAAAAGAGAAAUUCAAGGACAACCGGUACUCGAAAUUUAGCAUAGCUAACGGCGAUGAUGAUGACGAACUCGAUAACUAUGAGCCGGUGUCCAUCAGUGGACGUAAUACGAAGUAACAAUAAACGAAGGCAUUUUUGUA